AGCAGAGUCUCCUUACCGAAUGGAUCACACUUUGAUCUGUUAGAAUACUACAUUUAUUUUGAAAGAAGGUUUUUAUUAUUCUUUUUCUAAAGAUCUGUCUCUUCUACUCUCUGUUUUAAACAUUCUAAGUAAUAAAUGUGUUUCCUCAAUUAUUUGAUUUUUACCUUUAUACCUCCCCACCCUACUUGAAAGCAGAUGUUCCUACUUCCGUAGCAUCGCUCAAGAGCCACUUUUUUUUUUUUUUUUUGGCUAUGCAAAUAGUCCAGGACUCUUUAGUGCUCUGUUCACUGGUAAAAAGGUGAAGAGAACAAAAUCUCAGUGAUCAUUUUAAACCCGAUGAAGUAUGGACAAACUCCAAAGCCCUAAUUUUCAGUUGGGUCAGUUUUCUGGUCCCACUCACAGUAUUGCACAAGCAAUAGAGCAGGCAGGGACAGGUGUCUGGAGGGUGAGGGUGGGUGCCCUUACUCUGCUCAGGAGCAGGACAUCCUUAAAUCAGUGUAGACUGAUAAAGAAACUUCACCUUGCACUGCAGUGCAGCAAGAUAUUCACUUACAUGUAUUCAGCAUCUACAAAUCUCUGUGCAGUGGACAGUUAUAACUACAGUUUUCACAUGUUGACUGUUCAGAAUUGGUCAUAGUAGGAGAACUGUUUUGCAGAUUGUCAGAAACUCCCAGCAGAGUCAAUUGCUGGAUUUAGGGGGAGAUGUGAAUAGUUUUUGAAGGAAACGGUAGGAAAGUAGUGGUGCUUGUUGGAGCUUUCUUGGUAAGGGAGGUGUUUGGAAGUAGACAACAAGAUUUUUGUAAUAGCUAUGUCAGUUUUAGGUUGGAGAAUGGGUAAUUUGUUUUAGUGUGGGCAAUGUGUAAUGAAGUUACCUGUUGAAUAGUGAAAGAAGUUGAAAUUCAGAGCAAUGAGAUGCUUGUGCCACUUAGUAGUACUCAGCGCAAAUAUACUCAGAUAAAAAAUCAACUUCAUUUUAUUUUACACCUUGAGUUGCAGAAAAAAUUGUAUAGAAAGCACAAGUAUUUCUGUACAGGAAAAUGAACUUGAUUCAUUAAUUAAAAUUAAUUUGGUUUCAGCCUCUAUCAGAUAGAGGUGUCAAACUGUUAAAUCCUAUGUGCUGAAGAAAAGUUUGAAUUUGAAGAACUGUUAUUCUUUAAACCAGCUGUAGUUAACACCUACCUAUCUGUUUAUGUGCUUUGUGCUGUGGGCUAUAUCUCUUCAUUAUUUAAGCAAAUUUUUUAAAAAUCAUUUUGUAGUAGCAUUGCAAAUACUAUAAGCUGUUGCUUUAGCAUUCUGUGCUUAAGAGUGUUUAUGGGGUGUAAACUAUUUGUAAUGUGUUUGCCAAUACUGUUUUAGCAGCACAGUUAUUAUUAAUUCAAACCAGUUGGUUAUAAUUAAUUACUCAGUUCUGCGCCUUUCAGAGCAAAUAUGUGCUCAAUCUUGAUUUGCAGCACAGAAGUUUGGCUACAGCCAGUAAGUACAUGAUUAAAGUUUGAUGGCUUCUGUGCUCACUGAAAUAUUAGGGCAUUCCUUUCUCAGGGAUUGAUAAUUUUAGCAAAUGAGAUUAAUUUGGAGGUAGUGAGUACUUUUUAAAAAGUCUUGGCUUUAAAGAAAAGCAAAGUCCAAAGCAUCUUUCAGAGCUGAUUUUAAUCAACAGUGUUGAAAUACACAGUUUUUCAAGAAUUCCUCAUUCAGCCAUUGCUUUAAGUUGUAUGUCAGAUUAGAAGAACUUGUUGCUUCUUGUGAUUCUGUAUCUGAAACUUUCUGAUUACAGAAGGCUCCGGGUCAUUUUACCACAUCUGAUUAUAAAGUUAAAUAUUCCUGGCAGCUGUGUAAAAUAAUAGGAAUAUUAAAUCUUUGGUUAUAGAAGCUUGCAUUUCUCUUUAUUUCUGUACCAUGUGUGAAAGACGGUGUUGUACAACCCGAAUGGAAAUUCUGAAGAGAACUAAGGAUGUUGUUGAUGUCUUUUAUUUUGGCAUUGAAUCUUAAAUGACUUUGAAAUUCUCUUGUUUGUUUGCCAAACUAAAUUUUGUAAAGUUUAAAAUGCAACAAAGAAAAAUAACAUAAUGUAGUAAAUAAAAGGCUUAAUGGAUUCUUCUGUCCAGAUUCUCACCAUAUGUUGUCUAACUUUUUAACCCCAGUGUAUGUGACUGGUAAACACUGCAUGUAGAGAGACAUGUGUAAACAAUUCUGUAGUGAGGUUGGUGAUAAUGCAUUAUUAUUGAGCCUCCUCCCUAUCAGCCCUUCCUUUCUACUUGAAGCGUUGGAGUUUCUAAUCAAAGAUGAAUCUUCUUGUUUUGGUUUUGACAGUUGAGCUUGGUUAGACUAAGUGAUUCUGAAAAAAUGUUUUUUAAAUUUAGGCUUUUAGGUUGGUUUGUCACUUAAACCUUAUUUAAUACUGAGGUGGACUGAUUAGGAAAAUAUUUGAUAAACUAAUUUUUUCUUAGUGAUUUAAAAUAUACCUGUUCAUAUAAUUUCUGAUCAGAUAUUGUCUGUUUUAAUUACUACUGAGGUCAUACACUAUCUUUCCAUGUACAGACUUACUUUAGUAUGAGCCCUGGUAGUAAUAUAUCAUGAUACUUCCUUCUUAAUCUUUUGUACUUUAUUUUUGUGUCAUCUUUCCAUUUAAGAGUUUUGUGUCAUGAAUUUGUUGAUCUUUUUGGAGUGUAGGGAUACUCUUCACCUUAGGGUUGAAGCACUGCCGUGUGAAGCCAACAGCUGAAUAUAAGGGAAUAGAUGAGCUGUACAAAUUCCAUCUCAGUCCAUUGUUCCUGCUGGCUUUGUCCUUUGUUGGGUAUUAUAAGUAGUGGAAGCAUAAGAGGAAUGCUUUUCAGGUAUGUAUGGAUGUGCUAGAAUAUUUGAGCAACAUUUCCAUCUGGUUCAUGAGAAGUGUCAUCUGAAAUUCAGUACCUUGAAGAAGUUCUCACAAGCCCAGGAAAGAUGGUGGUUUUCCCAGUGAAGUGCAGUUUCUCAGGGAAUCCUUGGGUUUGAGUCACAGACUUGUAAAAUUGCAUUGUGCAGAAAAAUAGUUCUGAAGUGUAGUCCAAGUAUGAACCUCAAGUGGAAAAUUACCAUAAAAUUACCAUUGAUCAAAUAUACUAAUAGUUAUUGAGUCACCAUGCCAAAUCCUGAACCUUAGAGAGCAGAAGUGCUAUGGGCUUGUAGGAGUAGCAUGUAUGGAGGUAGAAUUCUAUGUGGAAGCAAAGGAAGCAAUAUAUUUGAAAGAAGUUAGGGUCAGGUCAAACCUGGAAUAGGAGUCAACAAAAGCUGACUAAGUUGGCAGAUGAACAGGGAAGCAGUCUUUCAGUGUGCACUGAAGCAUUCAGAUCCUGCUUAAGUGCACCUUCUAAUCUCAUAAAAGUUCUGAAGGGUGCGCAUUGCUUGUUAACACAUGGCAGUUUGGUUCAGUGGAAUGUGAGCUCCCAGUUAGAUGCAGUUGAAUUGCUCUACUGUUUGUCUUUGCUUUCUCUGCUAUCCUCCAGUGUGUAACAGCACAAUACUCAGUUCCUUGUCACAGUACUUCUGCUCUUGUCUGUUCUGCAUCUGGAAGCUGGGUGAUUACUGUGAAUUGGGAGAUCUCCCACCCAGAUCCCCAUUGGAACCAGUGUGUGAGGAUGGCCCCUUUGGGCCAGUGAAAGAAGAAAGGAAGCGGACACCCCAUGAGCUUCGUGAGCUGUGGAAGAAAGCCAUUAUCCAGCAGAUACUGCUCCUCAGAAUGGAGAAAGAAAACCAGAAGUUACAAGCAUCUGAAAACAAUUUGCAGAACAGACGUCUGAAACUUGACUACGAAGAAAUCACACCAUGCUUAAAAGAUGUAACUUUGAUUUGGGAAAAAAUGUUGAGUACACCUGGAAGGUCAAAGAUUAAAUUUGAUUUGGAAAAAAUACACUCUGCUGUUGGACAAGGAGUACCACGUCACCACCGUGGGGAGAUCUGGAAGUUUCUAGCUGAGCAAUACCAUCUUAAACAUCAGUUUCCAAGUAAACAACAACCAAAGGACACACCUUAUAAAGAACUCCUAAAACAACUAACUUCCCAGCAGCAUGCAAUUCUUAUUGACCUAGGGCGCACAUUUCCAACACAUCCAUACUUCUCAGCACAGCUGGGAGCUGGGCAGCUGUCACUCUACAACAUUUUGAAGGCCUAUUCACUUCUGGACCAGGAAGUAGGAUAUUGCCAGGGCCUUAGUUUUGUAGCAGGAGUUUUACUACUUCAUAUGAGUGAAGAAGAUGCUUUUAAAAUGCUGAAGUUUCUUAUGUUUGACAUGGGCCUGAGAAAACAAUAUCGUCCUGACAUGACCAUUUUGCAGAUCCAGAUGUACCAAUUAUCUCGACUUCUUCAUGACUACCAUCGAGAUCUCUAUAACCACCUAGAGGCACAUGAGAUUGGCCCCAGCCUCUAUGCUGCUCCCUGGUUUCUCACCAUGUUUGCCUCCCAGUUUCCCCUUGGAUUCGUAUCCAGAGUGUUUGAUAUGCUCUUUCUUCAAGGAUCGGAAGCCAUAUUUAAAGUGGCUUUAAGCCUUUUGGGAAGCCACAAGCCCUUGAUUCUGCAGCAUGAGAAUCUAGAAACGAUUGUUGAUUUUAUUAAAAGCACUCUCCCCAAUUUGGGUUUGGUACAGAUGGAAAAGACCAUUAGUCAGGUGUUUGAAAUGGAUAUUGCCAAACAGUUGCAAGCUUAUGAAGUUGAAUAUCAUGUGCUUCAGGAUGAGCUUAUAGAUUCAUCUUUAAAUGACAAUCAGAGACUGGAUAAAUUAGAAAAGGCAAACAGCAGCUUGCGCAAACAAAACUUUGAUCUCCUGGAAGAACUGCAGGUGGCUAAUGGAAAAAUCCAAAACCUUGAAGCUACAGUAGAGCUUUUAUUGACCAAUGAAGGCAAACUGAAGCAGUCCAUUCUCACUCUUGAGCAGGAGCGAGCAGCUCUGCUGAAAGCUGUGGAAGAGAUGCAAAAAAAGCUGGGUGAUACAGAUGGGAAGCCUCCUCUUACUAGACAAGAAUUGAAUGCUGACUGACCCGCACAGUUUUAAGGGAGCAGAGAAGCUGAGCAAGAAACAAAGGGAAGAACUGAGUCAUUUUGUCAUGAUCCAUGGGGAUUUGACGUUGUCGUGUUUGUUGUACACACCUUACUGUGGCAGAGCAAGAUAUGGGCAUGGUGGCUUUCCAUAUCAGAGAAGCUGGUUUCCUGGGGCAAGACUCUUCUCUUCUUAGUAUGUAGAAAUACUGCGAAGAGUAAAAUGCCACAUAAGAAAUAGUAAACAGGAGAAACUUACUAGUGUGUGCAGUCAUACGCAAUACACUGUAAAUAUGGUAUGGAUUCUUCAAUAAGUGCUUCUAAACCUAAGUGCUUUGGGUUUGUCACAUUUUUGUUUAUGUCUGGAUCACCACCAAGUUAAAUAGCACAUCCUUUAGAAGGUCUUUUGAAGAAAUAUGUCAGUGUAAAACCUUUGAGUGGAUGACUGCCCCAUUGCAGCUAUGCUGUGGUAACAUUUACAGGUGAUUUGUGAUUGGACUUGAAAUUUUUGUUGGUAUAAUUCCCCUACAGAUUGGUUGGGUUCUGUUAAUUAUGUUGUUUACACCUCAGAAAACUGCUUCCUGAUGCUUGAAGGUGUCAAUCCAUUGAACUCCAGGGAGCUGGACAUUAUUAUAUGUAACUAUGCAUAACUGGGGGUUGCCUUCCUUUUUUUUAAAGUAUGUUGGUUGAGUAUAGUUCUUCUUUAACUACAAUUAAUUUAGUGUAUUGUUAGUUAGCAUUAUCUGAUAAACAUACUGUAUAUAGUAACUGCAUUAUUCUUAACAAAAUAUACUGACAUUAAUUUGGAGAAGCCUGUGACUCUUGCAGUGUCAUUCAAGGAUUUCUAUUCACACUCCUCAAAUUUCAUCUUAUUUAUUUCUGAUCUGCUAUGUGAUGUAAGACAUGUUUUUGCCAGGAAAGUAACAUCCACUGUAAUUUUUUUCCCUUUAUUUGCUAUGCUAUGCCCACCCAUCCUCUGAGAAAUCUAAAGACUUUUUCUGAAGAAGUGGAGUCAUUUCAAGAGCUUCAUAGUGUGCCAGAUAUGCUUAAACUCUAGGGUAUAGAAGUUCUAAUUAGGACACCAUUAUUUUGCAAUGCAUCUUUCAAAUAAGAUUACAUAUCUAACAAAGUCUCACUUUUUUAAUGCAAAAAUAGUUUGCAAGCCAAUUAAAGCAACAUUGUGCAAUAAUACCCAUGGAUAUGCUGUUGUUGGGGUUUACUUCAUAAUUAGGAAUAUUGCCAUAGUUUUUUUCAGUUGCUAAGCACUGGGUUUGUAGGCACUGGUGUUUUGUUAUAGUGGAGAUUCACCCAGUAUAUGAUUUUAUAUGUUUGGUUUUUGCAAGUCCACUUUGUAUUCACUUAGUAUUGAAAUUCCACAUACAUCAGUUAUUAUUAAUCCGUUUACCUCUUAAGCUUGGGGUUUUUUUAUUUGGAAAUCCACAGUGAAGCUCACGCUUCAUGUUUAAAAUCUUGUCAUAAUGGACCUCACACUGUUAGAUCACUCAGUAAUGUUGCAUUUUUACAGCAUAGUGCCACAGUUCAUACACUGACUUUUUUAACAAAAGCAAUAAAAACAAUAAUAAUCUAUGCCUA